CACAGAACCGUCGCUGGCCGGGGGCGAGAGCCGAUUCUUCGUGAACCGCGCCGUUACCUUUCCAAAGAUGAAAAUAAACACGUUGUUUUCUUUCCGGACCUGAUUAGAUAAAUUACAUUUUCUAACUAUGUCCUUUUGCCGGAGGAGUCGGUUUUUAAUUAAGCUCAACACGCCGUCGCCUACAUCGUCGGAUAAAAGGAGACGUAUAGGAUCGUACGUCUCAUUCCCCGUCUAACCCGCGGCCGCGUAGCACUGGCAUUCAUUCCCAUCAAACGGACUUGCCGUGACGCCGUUUUAGCACUUCGAUCAUGGAGCCGGACUUCCCCCAGGAGAUGUUCAUCGGCGCCCUCGACAUCGGCACCUCCAAUGUGCGCUUUUUCAUAAUCGACGUCAACGGGAACAUCAAGGGAUCCGACAGCAGUUCCGUUGAGCUUUUAUAUCCUAAGCCUGGCUAUGUGGAAAUUGAUCCAACAAGUCUAUGGAACCAAAUUGUAAAUGUAAUGACUUCAGCCAUCAAAAAAACGGAAAUUAAUGUUUCUCAGAUUAAAAGUUUAGGCAUAUCUUGCCAGAGAUGUACUUUUGUUACUUGGAACAGGCUUACAAAUGUGCCAUAUCAUAAAUUCAUAACAUGGAAAGAUAUCCGGGCUGAUGAAAUGGUGAAGAAUCUAAAUUCCUCGUACACAAUGAAGUGCCUUAGAGGUGUAUCAAAAGCUUUGUACACAUUAUCUCGAAGCAAACGAUUUUUAGCUGGAAGUGUACUCAAAUUAAUGAAUGUUCAGGUAACGGUGAGACUGCUUUGGGUUUUAAAAAAUAUUCCUGGAUUGUCAGAAGAUGCAGUUGCUGGAAAUGUGGCUUUUGGUACUAUUGACACAUGGUUACUUCAUAAAUUUACCGAGGGGAAAAUCCAUUUAACUGAUGUAUCAAAUGCUAGUGCUACUGGUCUAUUCGAUCCUUUUACUAUGUGUUGGGCUGAUUGGGCAAUAAAAUUAUUCAAUAUUCCAAUCAAAAUGCUUCCGACUGUGGUCGAUUCUGCUGGAGAUCAUUUUAGAGAGAUAUCACCGAGUAUUUUGGGCCAUGCGAUUCCAAUUCGAUCAGUUGUCGCAGAUCAAUCUGCUUCACUUUACGGUUCGUGUUGUUUCUCGGAAGGGGAUUUGAAAGUCACACUGGGUACUGGUACAUUCCUAAAUGUAAACACAGGAUCAGUACCUCAUGCAUCUGUAGCUGGUCUUUAUCCUGUUGUUGGUUGGAGGUACAAAGAUGAACUAGUUUAUUUAGCCGAGGGUGCUUCUAAUGACACAGGAACAGUAAUUAAAUGGGCUCAACAAAUGGGUUUCAUUGAAGACUUAGAUGAGUGCUCGUCAGUUGCAGCUUCAUUGACGGACAAUGAUGGAGUUUUUUUUAUUCCUGCUUUUGGGGGCCUGCAGGCGCCAAUCAAUGAUGCUCAAGCAAGCGCAGGAUUUAUUGGAGUGAAACCGACAUCAAAAAAAGAACACUUACUUCGGGCGAUACUUGAAAGUAUUGUUUUUCGAGUUGUUCUUUUGUACGAUGCCUUCAAAAGAGAAACUAACUAUGGUGCUUCGUUAAUAAGAGUUGAUGGAGGUGUGUCACAGAACGAUUUCAUCAUGCAAGUGCUAGCUGAUCUCACUGGUCUGAAAGUUGAAAGACCACCAAUUGCUGACAUGUCCGGAAUGGGAGCCGCUUAUCUAGCAGGCUUAGCUUCUGGAGUGUGGAAUGGAAAGUCCGAUUUCUGCAAAAUGCGUAGAAACUGCCAUCUGUUUUCUCCGAACAACACGCCUAAAGAUGAGGAAUUGAUAGUAAAACGAAAAAAAUCUUUCGAAUUAUGGCGUGGAGCUCUUACAAGAUUUCUUGCUUGGUACAAGUGAGAGUUUAAAAGUUUUAUUUAUUUAUUUUAUUAUUUUUUAUGAAGUAAUAUUCACAUGUUUUAAAUGAAUUAUUACAAUAUCUGAUUUCAUUCCAGAUAGGUAGAAAAGCCCUGUAACAUUAUUAGAGAGAUUGACACUGAACUCUCACAAUAAAAGUUAUUUCAUGUUCAGUGGUUUUAUGAAUGAGUUUUAAUUUGCUAUGGGAACAUAUCAUUCAGGCUUAUCAUUCAGUUCAAUAAAUUAUGAAAAAUUGAAGUUAAUUUUAGAAUUUAUUAACUUGAGAAUUAUGUUCAUUCCAUUUUCAUAAGCUGAAUGAUAUUUUUUUAAUUCCAUUUCAUAAAAUUACUUUGACGAAUAUAGUGUCGACAUUUUGGUAAUUUACUCUUAUCAUGAUAAUCAUAAUUUAAUUUUAACUUUUAGUUGGUUUGGGGACUAUUAGUAUUUUAUUUUAGAAUUCAUUUAUGAUAAUAAUCAUAUAUCCACACUUACCCACAAGCAAGCACAUAUUUACCUUGGGUUGUUUUAUUAGAUCCCUUGUAAAAUUUGAAAUAAUUUUGCACUAUUUUUUACAAUCGGGGCUACAUACUAUUUUGGCCAAUGUCACCUUUUGACAGAUUACCAGUCGCAAUAACUCGACAAUCGUACAAUUAAGGUAUUCACUUAACAUUCUUAUAUUCUCCAAACAAUCAAUGCAUUGCUCAUCCUUGCAAUUAUAUUAUUAAACUUUUUUUUAGCUAUUAUUAUGUUAGCAUUUAUUAUGUUAUAUUUGUUGUUUUUAGCUACUGAAUACAGUGUAUUUAUUUGACUAUAAAAUUACAAGGGUGCAGCAUGCAUUGAUGGUUCUAAAUGAACAUCAUAGUUACAAAGUUUUAUUUGUAGACAAACUAGUGUUGCUACAAAUAUGUGAUAGUUUGCAUUUUAUUUGUUAUCUUACACUUAAGUGUUAUUUUUUUCUAUGCUAGUAUAUACUACUGUUAACAUUGAGGUGGAAUCAUUAUUAUUAUUUAAUAUUAAAUUAUAAAAAAUUAGUGUUUUUAUGAUUGUAAUAUUAACACUAUUAAAUCACCUCCUUUGUUAAACAGAUUUAAUGAUGUUCGUUGUGUUUUCACAUUUAUUAUUAAUCAAAAAUAUAAUUUUUAUUAGCUAAUACAAAUUUAAUGGAAAAUGGGACCAAAUUAUCUUGCUCAAUUAUUAAUUUGGAAAUGAAAAUGCAUAAAUUAUAAAUGUUUUCUGUGAUUAAAAAGUACCUUUUAUCAUAAAUACUGCGACUACGGUAUAAAUGGUUGUUAAUUGUUGUCAAAUUUUGUAUACAACAAUGUAAUUGUUAUAAUAAAGUAUGAUAUAUUUUCCAGA